CAUCAACAAGUCGCUGUACGAUGAAGCCCUGAAAUGYCCCAGGUUGGGAUGGUUCUCCCGUCGGAAUCGCCUCCCAUCUCAGCUGGAGCAASAGAAGGACCAAACGAUGAGGGAGUUUUUGUUUCGGGACGGAAAAGACUUUGAAGACCACGUGUACGCCCAYAAAUAUGGAUACCACCAGAAGAACGGCCGCGAGUGCGGUCCGGCCCCGGUUCUUUCGGAGGAUUGCGGCGAGACUCCCUCCGCAAGCGAAGGUGGGGUUCGGAUGCUCUCCGAUCUUCGGACGGCCGUAGUGGAGGAACGAUCGCCGGACCGGGCGGCGCUCGCAACCCGUUCCCUGAUGGACCCACCAAAGGGUGGCGCUARUGGGGASGCGGUGGCAGUAAACACGCUCCUCCAGCCGACCUUUGCCACCGGCAACCUUCUGGCCCGCGCCGACGCCGUUGUCCGGACGGGUCCGCUCUCGUGGGAAAUCCUGGAGAUCAAGAGCGCCACCGAGAAAUCCUUUCGAAAGAAGGUCCCGGACCUCGCCUUUACAGUGUACGUCGCUCGGUCAGCAGGAUGUUCCGUCGACAGGGCGUCGCUGAUUAUGGUGGAUCCGAACUACGUUCGGAGCAAAGUCGACGAUGGCGACGAGCAGAACAACCGACUCUACACCACCAUCGACUGCACGGACCUCGUUGACGCUUACAUUGCCGAGAGCGAGAUGGGYCWAGCCACGGAACGAAUCGACAGAGUUACCGGCAGGGGCAGCGGAGAAGGUGCAAUCGCGGAGGCYUUUGGUGCAGGCGACGAAGCGGGGGACGACUCGCUGCCMCCACCGGUUGAGUACAAGCUGGCCUGCGGAAAGUGCGAGCUGUUCGGGGUUGAGUGUGGACCAGCUGGCACCAAACACAAUGGAGGAGUAAAGCCCAGACACACCAUCUGGGAGCUCCCGAGGCUGGCGCAGAAGMGAUUCUCGAAAAUCCUCGAGCGAUCGCUCCCGACRCUGGAAAUCGCCGACCUSGUCCUCGAUAGCCCCGGGGAGGAAGCCAUCCUCCUGACCAAGCCCCAGCGCCACUUUCGGACUGCCGUCCUCCGAAACGAGGUGGUGGUGUUUGCACCAACCCGRCUGGAAUUCUACCUAAAACGAAUCCGGAAGUUGGGCCCAAGGGUCCGGUACCUCGAUUUCGAGGCGGUGUCGAUGCUGAGGCCACCCUACCCCGGAAUGUCGCCCUACCAAACCAUGGUGACGCAGUAUUCGCUCCACCACCACCCAAACGGUCUCGUUGGAGGAGGAGAUGGUGGCAAUAGCGACAGCAUCGAGCUGGCGCACGAUGAAUACCUCGCGGACCCGCAAAAAGACUGCCGAAAGGAAUUGCUGGAGCGACUGUUGGUCGAUCUGGGGUACGAUGCUUCCGGUGGCAGCAUAUCGUGGCCUGAGUUGUUUGGUGGUCCAAUCYUGGUCUAUUCUUCCUACGAAAAGACGCAGCUUACCAGGCUCGCGGAGCUCUUCCCGGAACACGCGCCAUCGAUCUCCCACGCGAUCGACCACCGGCUGGUCGAUCUCGAAAAAAUCAUUCGGGAAUGCGUCUCGCACCCCUUGUUUCGCGGCAGGUCCAGCAUCAAGGUGACGCUUCCGGCGCUGGUGCCGGGAUUCGAGAAGGCCUACGAGGACCUGCUGGUGCCGGGGGGGCUUGGGCACGAACACGGCUACGGAAUCGCCGACGGGGGAGCCGCCAGCGUGGCAUUUGCGGAGAUGGUAUCGGGGGUCCGUGGGGAGGGCGACGCAUGGGACCGAACGAGGGCCGCGCUCCUUGCCUACUGCAAGCUGGAUACGCUGGCGCUGGUGGAGAUCCACAAGGCACUCUGGAACCUGCUGGACGAAAGCCAACCGAGCAAGGCAAAGGGGGAGGAGUACCAAGACCUCCAGAAACACACGGUUGUCGAACUCAAGGAGAUGCUCAGGGAACGAGGCCAAAAGGUAUCCGGGCGAAAAGCUGURCUGAUAGAGCGUCUCGUCACGGCGGUGGCAAAACCGGAAAGAAGCAGCUAGACGGCAMGCUCGCUACACAUACUCUGUAAUGCUACUCGUCAUACGAUUMUGGUAUAAUAGUGCUAUUGCCCCUCUUUAUUGUUCACGCCGAUGACACUGGACCGACGAUUCGUUUAUCCGUUCCACAAAACCUGUUACCACUAACAGUCAGACUGAGAGUGAGAGAGAAGAGAUAGCGGUGCAUCGAACSAUGCGCGUGCGCUUGCCUGUGUGUUUUUGUGCGACAGCGAAGGAAUCUUGAACUUCGGUCUUUGCAUCGGGUUCUGCUCGAGGGAAGGAAUUUUGGAAUCGUUGUUACAGCYUCGCUCUUCGUUGCCCUCUUCGGUUUCAUUCGAUUCAUUCAUACAUACAUCGAAGACAAGGAAUGCAGGAACGAAUCUCAUUGACUCGAAGUAACUCGUAGAUCUCGCAUCUCCCCAAACUGCUUCUGUCGCGAUCCUCAGAAUGUGACRCAAGUACGUAMGUACGCACUUCCAAAAGGGYGUGUGCUUGUUUCCGGUAUCGAUCGAGGAACGUGCCGCGGGUCGCAGUUGCKAGUGUUCUUUGUUCGAGAUCGCACUCAYGCCUGCCGCCUUGGGCCUUGGAAGCUUGCAUUAUAAUCGACGCGUCAUCGAGACCAAUAAUUAUACGGCGAUACGAUACGGCAGGGUAGUACGGCGUAGAAUUAUAGAAAAGCACGAUGAUCUCUCCCCCAUUAUACAAAUGUUCUUCGCGCCGAACAAGAGAAAUCCGAAGGGAGGAAACGAACGCUUUCUUCUGCUUCUUUUUGAAGGAGAGGCAGCUUAGUUUUUCGUGAGGAGCGUAAUGCGCUAACGUGCAGGUGCUGGCUAGGAACAUACUAAUAACACUUGUACUUAAUGUGCGGGACCAGUCCCAAGUACGUAAGUACCUGGUACAACUGUACGGCGGGUCGAAUACAUCUGUCGAUGCAGCACGACUGAGAUCUCUUCUGGAGAGAGAAAGGAAUGUCUGACUUUUGUACGUUUUGUUUCUACAUGCGGGGGUGCUCSGUAUCAACGGUAUUCUUUUCUAGCGACCAAUCGUUCUUUGUAGAAAUGAUGACAUCAUAUUUAUUCUUCGGGAACAAUUCCAUUCGGGAAUAUUGUUCCUCGCCGAAUGCAUGGCAUCGAAGAAACAAUCGCUUGUUGUUCUCUCGUCUUCUCUACGGUACGMAACUUAAGGAAUCGUACUCAUUGCUUGGGGGUUGACGCAGCAAGGAGAAAAGGAACGGAAUUUGUGCCCCAUCGAUAAAAAUAGCCAAUGAGAAUCGCCCUCGCUAUAUUUGUCGUUCUUCUUUUUUGGUCUCAUUCUUGUUCCUUGCCGGARAAGGAAGAAUGAAUGAUUGUUAUUCGCUUUUCUAUAUAGCGGUUGAAACCGUACAUUGGUAAAGUGAUCUUAUUUGCUUUUCUUGUUUCUACAGCUCGGAGUCCCCUUGCGCAACGCAGCUGCUCUUGUUAGAAGAAUGCAUCGCUCGUUUCCUCCUCUUCCGGAACGCAGACAGAAGAAAUUGCUAGUAGGAAUUGGAUGGAUACGGCGUCGGACUGGUAAAGCAUUCAGCUAUUUUUUUAACCAAGCAGUUUUUAUUCCGCUCACUGUUUCCGAAACACUUAUUUUCUGCCGAGUGGUUGUUUCUGUUUCCUUUUCGAAACGCAUAAAACAAGAAUAUCUUUCACRUCGUUUGAUCUAGAGUGAUACACUAACAAUCACGCGUUCAUUGAAUCGGUUGCAAYCGUAAUAAAAGUAAGAACUAGCAUCCUUCUCGUACAAGAAUACAGAACACUCAUCGYAUCGCGUUGUAGGGCGACCAAAGACCAAUCUUCCGAUCAGAUCGUGUCUUCCGAUCCAUUCCACCACACUGCACCGCAACAAACACUCACCGUACCGCACCRCACCACAUCGUUUCCGAUCUUCCAUUAGAACAGAUCCGCCWACCAAACCCGAGAAGAAGMCAACGUUCGCA